AUGUGUACCCAUCACGAGUGUGGCAGGGUGCUGUACUUGUGCUUGGCAUGCAUGUGUGACUUGAUGCCUCUGCACAUUCUAGCUGGCAUGCUCAGGGCCUUGAACCAAGUAGGGCAACCAGCCAAUCAUCGGCCGCUUCCCAUUUUGGCUCAAGUUCCAAAGUUUCAAGAUUAUGCGAAUACGAAGACGCUGUGCAUGCCGCAGCUGCAGCGCGUGAGACAAAUGGCACUGAUGGAGGAGAAGAUGGCUGAGUUGAAAGCCAAUGCGAGCGCUGGCUGCCCGCCAGAGGUGUUUCAAGCUGCGCGCGUGAUCCUUCAGGGCGGAGUGAACCUCUUGAGCAAGUGA